CAGCUACCACAUUCAAAUCCCAUUUGAUUUCGAUCUCUCCGCCAAAUCACGUUAUUUGCUUCUCUCUCUCCUUUUUUGAAACUAUUUUUUUUCGAGCAGGACCUCCAAUGGACUUCCUUUGACUGCUCAAAAUGCCGAGUUUUAGAUUUCAAAAGCUUCCACUGUUUCUUUGAUCUUCUUAGAAAUGGCGUCCUCUGCUUUCAAAUCUACGACCAAACGGACGCCGAUCGGAGCACCGGCGGCUUCUGGUGAUGACUCCACUUCCACCAAUCGGAGCUCGAUUCACCGCCGCUCUCGAAGUCUCAGCCGAUUUUCCCACCCUAUGCCGUCGUCUCCCGUGGACAAGGCCUUCGAUGAGGCCCCGGCGCGGCGAGGUAGGUUUGUCAACACGUCGAGAGGCUCGGGAUUCCCUGAGAUCAGUCUCGAUGACUUAGCCGUCGAAUUCUUCGGUUCUGGUGAUCGAGGGCGCUCUGCUGCGCGGAACUCCGAGUCAAGUGGUGCUACGAAUGUCGCCGCAGCUUCGCAUAGACGAGGGAGGUCGGUAUCGAGACACGGUUGCUCUAAGACUAGCGUCAGUGGUAGCGAUGGCAAAGGAAGACCCAAUUAUAGCGUUGGUGGGGAAAAAGUGGUUCCCGAAACUAAUUCGAGAAGAAGGCGCUCUGUCUCAGUGGUUCGCUACCAGAUUAGCGACUCGGAGAGUGAUCUUGAUCGAUCUCAGAAUUCUGGAACUCGUGUCAAAGAAAAGAGCUUUGGCAUCGGAAAUAAGCAGAAGCCGAUACCCCAUAAGGCUGAUGAUUCAAACCGUAGACCAACAUUGAGAAGGUCUCUUAGCCAGAAUGAUUUUAAGUGCCAUGAUGGUUAUUCAAGCCAGUCCUCAGUUCUAACUGAUGAUGAGGGGAAGGAUGCUUACUUCGGUAAUAACGGAGUAGAGAAGACUAUUCGAACGAUUUAUGCAAGAAAGGUAAAGCAGGCAAAUGGGGAUGUUGUUGACAAUGGCUUGUAUGAAGCAAUGCGGAAAGAACUUAGACAUGCAGUGGAAGAGAUAAGGGUGGAACUCGAGCAGGAAAUGGUGAACAGAAAUUCGUCUGUUGGAACUUUCAGUGAUGACUUGAAUUCAAAUGAUUCUGGUGUUCUUCAGCAGACAUCUCCGUUUACAAGAAAUUAUUCGACAAAACAAGAACAGUCAGAGAAGCGCAGAGAUUCAUUGGCUAAGAUGGUGCUGGAGGAGCAACGUGGUCAACAACUUCCUAAGAUGGUUAAAAAUUUGCCUUCUGACCUGAAGAAUGUUGUUGCAGAGAACUCCCCACGAAUUAGAAAGAGGAGCAAUGACCGGAACAGGAUGUCUAAACGAUUGAGUGAGGAGGCGGAAAAGUACAUCGAGGACUUCAUUUCCAAUGUCGAAGAUACAGAUAUUUCAUCUCUUGAUGGUGACAGAAGCGACACCAGUUCAUCUUUAGGGGGAAAAACGAAACCAAAUUUCAAAGUUCCAGCAGUCAGCAAAUACGUUCCUCCUGGAAUGGAUGGUGUCCUACUUCCAUGGUUGCAAUGGGAAACCAGUAAUGAUGCUUCUUCUUACCCUCGAAAGAAUACGAGCGAACCACCUAUGACUCCACAAACUUUUCCAUGGGAUGUUAAUCAGGAAUCGACGAAUGGACAGGAUCAAAGUAACCAUUCUGGUAGCAGCCAAGGGAGUUGGAGCCCUGGAGUUGGCAUUGGAGUUUGUGGGAAAGUUGUUGAAGAUUUAGGAAGCAGAUUUAAGAAAGCUGGUAAUUAUCAAAAUCAAUCCUAUUUGGAACCAAGAGAUCAAUCUCGGUUUGAUAUAGAGGAAUAUCUGAAGCGUCCAAGCAGUGAAGAUUUUCUUUUAGAAAGAUGGAAGCAGCAACACAGAACCAACUGCAGUGGUCUUUUGCUCUGUAAUCGUGUAUUUUUAUAGUUUUAGUUUUUUUUUUUAUUCUCUUUCUCACAAUUAAACUGUUCUCUCUGUCUCUCUCUUUUUUGAGUCUUGAUGGUUUGUAAAUUAGAAUUCAUUCAGUGUUUGGGUAAAUGAUGAUAAAGGGUUCACCACAAAAA